AUGGGUAGCAUUGGGGAAGCCGAUUUUGCGGGAGAGGAGUUGGCAACGGCUCUGACGAGGGGCCUAGUGGAGGGCGAGGACCUCUCAUUUGAUCAAUUUCUUGAAACACGUCAUCUUCUGCCUCGCCUUGAUUGGGCUUUUUACCAGUUAUGGGCGGUCCUUUUUCAACCUUCAGUAUCUACUACUGAGCCAGCACUUCCCCGUUAUACCCCGACGAAUAUCACGGGGGCUUUUUCCCUCCUUGCACCACUACCGAUGACUACUCAUACUGGAUAUGAGGGAUACCAACCGCCCACGCUAGAGAGCUCAAAGAUAUCCCCGGGUUCGCAUGAUAUCUCUGUAGUGUAUUUAGCUCAGGCUCUCUUUGGUCAUCCAUCACCCUGCUUUGUGCUCUUUAGCACGAAUAGCGAUGCAGUGGCAGCAAAGGCCAGAACAGUCAUAGCGGCUUACUUCCCUUGCCGAAACUGCUUUGGCCAUGCUGAAGACUGGUCUGGUGACAAGGACCAUCGUUCACUAUCACUCAUUCAGCUUUUACCAACCUUCCGCAUGUUGCGUCCGGGACUUCCAACCAUUUCAAUUCCAGGCUUGAUUGACGGAAAAGGGGAAUCGCUCGCAGAUAUCGUGGCAAGUAAGGGGUCAUCCAACUUCCCGUAUUGGAUUGGGGAUCGCGAAAACCAAGGUGCCGGUAUUAGGAUGAAUCCAGAGAAAAAAAUCGUAACCCUUGUUAGCGGUGAUAAGCAGUGGAUAGGAGGAGAAGUUGAACGAGAUGGAGAUGGCGAGCCUAGCAAGAAGAAUUGGGAGAUUACGAUCCAGGACCCGAGAAUGGAUGUAUUGACGCUGGACGAACUGGUUGACCACCAUUGUGAGGAUGAGAGGGUCCCCGCAGACCCAAAGGAGUUGGAGAUUCUGAGGGAGAGAAUAAUUAAAGACCUCGUUUAUGAGGACGGGAGGAUCAAGUUUCCUGAAUACGUCGAAUCAGUGCACUCCUCCGACUUUGAUGAGGAUGGGAAUGAGAUUAUCCGCAGGUAA